AUGGGCAAAAUUAUCUUCUACGAGGACAAGAACUUCCAGGGUCGCUCCUAUGAGACCAGCAGCGACUGUGCCGAGCUGACCUCCUACCUGAGCCGCUGCAACUCCUGCAGGGUGGAGAGCGGCUGCUUCAUGGUCUACGAACGUCCAAACUUCAUGGGCCACCAGAUGCUGGCGAGGAGGGGAGAGUACCCCGACAACCAGCGCCUGAUGGGUAUGACCAUGAGUGACUGCAUCCGUUCCAGCCGCAUGAUCCCCACGCACAGAGGUCCAUUUAGGAUGAGGAUCUACGAGAGGGAGAACUUCAGAGGUCAGAUGAAUGAGCUGACGGACGACUGCGACAACAUCCAGGAUCGUUUCCGCAUGUCCGACUGCCAGUCUGCCCACGUGAUGGACGGCCACUGGUUGAUGUACGAGCAGCCCCAGUACAGAGGCAGGAUGCUGUACCUGAGGCCCGGAGAGUACAGGAGCAUGAGAGACAUGGGAAUGGGUCCCAUGGACAUGAGGAUUGGAUCCAUGCGACGUAUCAUGGACUCCUGUUAA